CAAAGCUAAAAUAAAUGGGUUUCGUUGCAGGCUGAGCGUUUUUCGUUGAGUUGCUUCUCUCCUUCAGGUUGUGCUUCAAUAAUCAAAAUCCUAAAAACCCUAACUUGGGUUCGUUCCUUCAAAGUUGAAACCUCUGAAUUUAUUCAAACAUGGGGAAACCAAGCUCCCGACCAGAUUCUUCUUCUAAAGCAGAUAAAAAGUUCGAUAAGAAGGUCCAGUUCUAUGCCAAGGUUAGAGAUACUGUUGCUUCAUUGACUGCCAAGAAGGACAUUACAAAGAAGAAGAAGCUUCGAAGUCGACAGAAGAAACUGAAAGCAUAUGACCUCUCUGCUCUCUCGGAGUUUCUCCCUGAGUUGAAAGCUCCUAGAGCCAAUGAUUUCAAGCUCAACUGCAAAUCUAGGCAACAAUUAAUAUUGAAAGAGGGAAAACAAUUGAGUGCAGUUCUCGAGCAUCCUGCUUUCCAAGCCGAUCCACUAGCUGCCAUUCAUCAACACUUACAGAACACACAACCUGUUUUAGACGAGAAACCGAAGAAAAAGAAGAACCAGAAUGGUGGGAGGAAGAAAAAGAGUAAAAAGUCGAAGGCUUUGUCCAGACAACAAUCCAUGGAUAUCUAAGCACAUUGACUUUCUGAAUUCAAAGCUUUUUAAACCCUUUGAACCCUUCAUGAGAUAUAAUGUGUAGUUCACCAUUCCCCUUUUGUGUUAACAAUGCCAUCUCGUCUCUUUAUUGAUCGAAAUAUCGAAAUGCAAAAUGAAAAUUUUGGUUAAAACCAUUUCAUUGCAA